AUGCCUCUGGACACAAUCUACGUCGUCCGUCACGGGUUCCGCUCCGCAUGGUCUGUGGACCACACGACGGGAGCGUAUACCUCGACGGUGCGGUCUCCGACGGGCAUACCCGCCGACCCGCCUCUCACGUCGUACGGCAAGCGGCAGGCCACCGAGAUGGCAGCCCACCUCGCCACGCUCGAGCCUGCCAUAGACGCCGUCUACUCCACCCCGGCCCCUUCAUCCCACUCUGCUGUUCCGGCCUCGGCCGUCAUCCGUCCGGAGCACGGCAUAUCAGAGUGGUUCGGGUCGGCACCGUUCGAGCACCCCCGUCCGGCGGAGGGUCAGGUCCUGAAAGGCAUGUUCCCGGCCUACAGCCUCGAGUACGAGUCGGCCAGGAGGCCCUCGACCAAGGGGGAGACGGUGGCCGAGCUGUACGCCCGGGUCGGGGAGGUGGUGGAGGCGGUGGUGCGACGCAGCGAGGCCGAGGGACACAGAUCCAUCGUCCUGUGCACGCAUGCCGCCGUCGUCAUCGCGCUCGGGAGGGUGCUCACCGGCCGCGUGCCCGAGUCGCCCGACGUCCGUGACUUUCAGGCUUACACCUGUGGGCUGUCGACGUAUACGAGGAAGAAUCCUACUACCGGUGACAGCGAGUACGUCCAGCCCAAAACUCGUGUCGUGUCACUAUUCUCUACCUAA